AUGGCUGCCGCUCGACCGCGUACGUACACCGCAGGCCUGACAGGUCUCGGGCUUGACCUCGACCGCGAAUCCAGCACCCAUACAAGUGGCGGCCGAGGAAGUGGUCUCGCUCGCCUCGUCUCGAAAUACGAGACUCUCAAUGCAGGGAACAGUCUCCCCCAGCCCACUCGGUGUAUGGAGCUGCCGGCCAAGCAUGCGGAUCCGACUUCUGCAAACACGGCUGGCGUCACGAAGCCUUUGGCUUCGAUGACUCCGUCCAAGUCUGCUGGGUCGUUCCCGGCAACGCGGGGCACCACAGCCGGCUUUGGGCUGUCGCUACGACAAGUCCCGUCAGCCCUGACUUCCGGCGACUCUUCUUCCGCCCGAAGCACGGCAUCCGGUGUUGAUCGCGCGUCCAUGGUGGCGGAGCGGCGCAGGUUCUUCGAGGGACCACAGGCUGGGAAACUCUCUUCUUCGUCUACCUCUUUCCACCACGGGCCAGCCGACACCAAGGCGAGUCUGCGCACGGCAUCCAGCUGGCAGACCCUGCGAACGGCCUCGCCGCCGCCGAGCUCGAGAUCAAACUGCACCGUGCUCCAGCACACUCCGGCGUCCAACGCGCGCAAGCAAUCUACAUACAAUUUUCCGACGGCCACGUGCUCGUCGCUGCCAGACAGCCUGAGCGUGAGCUCUACUACUCGGUUGAUUGGCGAUGCCCAGCCGACAGACCACCAAACGGCGUUCAUGCCGCCGCCGCAGCAGCCGGGAACUAGCCACCAGAGGCCUGAGACUCCGGGACGGACCUCUGAUAAAGGAGUCGCGGGCGCCUUGAAGCACAGGCCAAGGGAGGUCAUCACUGCCAUCGCAAAGACGCCCGUCGGCGGCACUGCCCGCAAACUCCGCAACCCGGUGGUGGCGGCAACUCCAGCGCUGAGGACGGCCAGGGCCCAUUCUCCCACAUUCGCGAGCCUUCAAAAGCGAUUCGACUCUGCCCGUCAGUCUACAUCGGCUCCAUCGCUCUGGAAGAAGAGACAAGAUCCGUCCGCGCACGAGCAGCUGGCCGGGACACGAUCAUCGUAUCUGAGCAUUCCGGAGUCUGACCGUGGCCCCUGGGCCUCUGGUGAACAGCAGGAGCAGUUUCAUGACAAGCGGUCGAAUCCGAUGCACGGCAACGAGCCCGCAGCCAACCAGCCAGGACUACGAGACGCCAUCGAUCUUUUUGAGUCGCUCGGUCGUCACGCGGGGGCAGGGGCUUACACACAAGGAUCCCAGCAUCCAGCAUCCAUAGCUCACGGCGCGGAGAGGCUCGAGUGGACGAAUCUAGCUAGGAAUCGGGUAGGGGCGACUCUGAGAAAGCUCUCUGGCCCAUGGAGAAGGUCUCGACUUGGGAGUCAUGCGGCGAAGACGCGACUUGCAUCGGACAAGCAUCGUACUGCGCGACCGUCUACUUCGACGUCCAACGACGGGUCCGUGGCGGAUUUCCAGGGCGCCUCCCAGACCAACCUGAUCGACGCGGUGACGUUCGACUUUGACGACGACUUUUGCAGACCUGCGCCUUCGCUGCCAUCUGAGCCGGGAUCUGACCCUGAAAUGCACCCCGUCCAUGGCUCGUCCGCUCUGAAGAUGCUGUCGCACAGCAAGAUUAGCGACGCGCAGCCUCACCACGCGAACGGGAAGCGGGCUCCCGACAGUGACACAGACGCGGAAACGAAAAGGGCCGAGUCUUGGAUCCAGUCGACGCAGCAGCCCGAACGGCUCGUAUCGAGCCGGCGCUGGAUGUCGCGCAGCAGCGGGGCUGGGACCAUGGUGGCACGCGUGCAAUGUGCGCUGCAGCAGCCGAGGCCGGUGAGGGCGAACGAGGUGAAGCGGCUGGUGAGCCUCUGCAAGGACAAGGUGACGGGCUGGAAGGGCCGCAGUCAGACCGAGUGA